AUGGUUCUCUCGUUCUUCGUCCGCGGUGUAUUCGAGGCUUCACCCAAUCGGCCAUCCGGCUAUCGCUGGACUCCGCAUCCACCCAGUGACAACAGCAGCGGUGACAAUGCGACACAACAUCAAGAGGAACCCGCCGACUGUGACAGCGCCGCUGGACAGCUGAGCUCCGUGCUGGCCAUGCCGGGCGCCUAUCCUCGUCAUCGCGGCGGGAGACGUCAGCGCGGGACGUCAUGGCAUAAGAGGCGACAGGCGGAAGAGGGCGUGAAGCUGGACGAAGAGUACAGGGAGCUCAACGAACGACUUCGUGACAUCAGACGCCGUCGCAUGGAACUUCGUAAGAUGCAGGAUGUCGAGCGUGCGCGAGUCGCGGAGGAGCUCAGGCAUAAGCGCGAGGAGGCUAUGCGGCAGCAGCGAGAGGAAUUGGAGCGCCGCAUGAGGCAGGAGUUGGAGCGUCGUCAGCAGGAGGAAGCCGAGCGUCGUCAACAAGACGAAGUAGCGGCACGCGAGCGGAUCCGCCUUGCGGAGUACAUACGCCACAAACGCGCCGCUGAGUUAGCUCGUCAGCGCGAACGAGCUCGCCUCCAGCGUGAGGCGCAGGCCCGUCAGCGUCGCCAGGAGGAGGAGCAGCGCCGGAAGCGUGAGGAGGAGGAGCGUCGUGAACGUGAGGAAGAGCAGCGCCGUGAACGUGAACGGCGGCGCCGUGAUCGCGAGCGCGAGGAGGAAGAGCCACAGCGUCGAAGGAAGGCAGGUCCGGGGGAGCAGGCGCGCCAGCUCAGACUGUACGAUGAGAAGUGGGACCAGUUACAGAAACGGGUCGCUCGCACAUGGUCGGUGGAGCAGUUGCCGUGGCCAUCUUUCGGCGGACACACCGCGCUGACCGGGGCUGCCGUGCGCGCGUUCCUCCUCCAUGAGAACCGGACGGUGGUCCGAGGCGUGUCUAGCCGGACGGUGCUGCGUCGGGAAUCCUUGCGCUGGCAUAUGGACAAGUUCCAGUUCAUCGCGCCACUUGUCAAGGCAGAAGAUUGGGAGCGGGUGGAGGAGUUGGCGGGGCAAGUGCAGGUGAUCAUCAACGAUAUCAUGGGGAGUCUCUGA